UCGCGCGAAGCGCGAGGGACGCUCGCGGGGCGACGGCGACCCCGAGGUAUGCCGAGAGACGGUUUUCCCGUCCCGGACACGGAUUGCAUUAGUCACGACGGGGCUGGACGCAGGAUUGCGUCCAUCCCGCCGGCGGAUUCGGUUCCCGACUCGGUCGAGUUAGGUAACGGCGUAGAGCCGCGAAGCCGGGACGAGCGGGUCUCAGUCUCGCCGAGCUUCCCGCGGCGAUAACAACGACACAAACGCGAGUCGGUUCGGGAGACUCUGAUGUGGGAUGCGGAGAACCGGGUGGUGAACCGAGAGGAAAGGCAAUUCGCGAAACGGUGACGUGACGGCGAUCGUCCAGCAGCGACAUGAAGACAUCGAUGUCGAGCGCGAUGCGGAUUCUCUUAGGGUGUGCGAUCUGCCUUCUGUCAGCGGUGGACGCGAGGACCGCGAUAAUGCCGCCGCCGUGGGCCGAUCCGUCGAGCAACCCCUGCGCCGCGCAGCCGCGCGGUUGGCAACUGCUGUACUGGCCGGCCGAUGGAAAAUGCUACAAAAUAUUCCAGAUCGGCGCUCCGUGUCCGGAAACCAUGGAACUCGGACCGGCGGCCGGCGGCGGCGGGACGACAGCGGAGUGCAGAUGUCCGCCGGGGACCGCGCAAUCGCCUAGGGACGCCCUGUGCCAUCCGAUAUUCACGAGAGCGUCCUGCUCCAAGGGUCAGUUCUUCGCGCCGGUUCCGGACGCGCCCGGCAAAGCGAGCGCGAAACGUCGCUGGGGGACGUGCCGCGAGCCCGAGGCCUGCGACGAGCCGGGCGAGAUCUACUGGCCGAGGGACGGCAAGUGCUAUCCGAGGUUCAGCAGGGGUCCCUGCCCGCGCGGCGAGCUCCUCGUCCUGGGCGAGGACGGUCUGGCCGCCUGCUCGUGCUCGACGGGCGGCGAACUGGGCAGGUAUCACUGGCCGGGCAACGGCGGCGGCUGCCACGAGCAUUACACCAAGGGUCCGUGCUCGGAGCCCGGGGAGCUCUUCCUGCCGGGCGGCGCCUGCGGCUGUCACUCUCAACUACCUCAUUAUCACGAGCCGAGCGGGAUGUGCUAUGAAUUAGGCGGCAUCGGGCCGUGCCCGCAGGGACAUCACUUCGCGGUGACGACGACGGACGACCGAUCGUCGCAGGAGGGCGUCGUGCGCGCCGGAUGCGUGUGCAAGCCCGGCCACGCGUUGUACAAGAACGGGCUUUGCUAUCGGCUGCACACGCGUGGGCCCUGCGAGAGCGGCUACAUGCUCGUCAACUCGUCGGCCUGUGUUCCGGUGCCGUGCAAGCGCGGCAGGCUGUACUUCCCGCAGGAGAAGACCUGUUACAGGAUCGGCAUGAGGGGGCCGUGUCCGAGCGGGCAGGUGGUGCUGUACGAUUACAACGCGAGGCCGUCCCUGGACGGGGUGAGUUACAACGGCGUGUGCGGAUGCACGAGCGUCAUGAGGGACGCCGGCGAGUGCGCGAGGGACGACGGCGACGACUGCGGGAGCGCGCCCGGCACGGUGAGGAUCGGCAAGGCGUGCUACAAACUGUACACGCAGGGCCCGUGCACCGCCGGCGAGUGGCUGGUCGCUCAGAGAACGCCGCGGAACGGCCGCCUGUGGCAGAGCAGCGAGCCGCGGCCGAAGGCCAGAUGCGAGUGCCGGCCUGGCUACAAGAGGAUCGCCGACAGCUCGAAAGAGGCCCUGGAAGAGCUGGAGAGCAACAGCCUGAUCUCGCCGAACGGCUGCCAGCCGCCCGCGGUCGGGCUGGCCAGGUUUCUCAACGACAAUAUUAAGUCGAGGGCGAACUAGGCGGCUCAAUAGGUCGAGCGCGGUGAGGUCUCGCCGCGAGCGUUCGUAGGAUUUAAGUACAUUUAUUUUUUUACUUAUUGUUAGCGAUAAACGUGCGCGAUGUGUUCAAACCUUCUGUCGAGAAGAACGAUAGAAUGAUGGUGAAUUGAUGUACAUAAUGUCACACGAGUUAUUUCUCAGUUUUUCUCGCAUUGCUAAGCGAGACUUUAUUUAUUGAUAGUAUUUUUCUCUCUCUCUCUUCCUUUCUUUCCAAUAAUUCCUAUAUGUACAUUAAGUUUCUCGAUGUAUGAGAGCAAUGUACUUAAAAUUUCGUACACUUUAGGUAUCUCGAUCUGAGAUCGGUGUACAAUUUAACUGUCUCUUGCGGACUAAUUUAUUAAUUUCUUUAAGAAAAAUUAAAAAUUUAGCACUAACAUCCUGCGACGGCUCUUCUAUUAUAUUUCUUGAUUGUUAUCAUAUGGAGCCUUACUAUUAUAUGUGUUUUUAUUUAUUGUAUUCUAUAUCUUCAUUGUAACACUGCUUACGAUUCAUAAGAUCUGAAGGUUUUCGAGAGUUAUGUGCCACUAGUUUUAAGAGUUAUCGAACAUAGUGUAUGAGUGCAGAU